GGGUUGUUGUAGCUCGCGGCUGCUGAAGCAGCUGCAGCUCCUCCUCCUCCUCCUCCUCCUCCUCUCCACCCCCCCCCCCCCAUCUCGCUCGCCCCGGGGGAGUGAUGGGUGGGGAUUAUGGGCCGGUGGCGGAGUCACUGUCGCUCCAGUCUGCCUGAAGAGCGGUAGAGUUUGCUGCCCUGGGGAGGGGCCGCGCCUUGAGAAGAGGAAGAAGAGGAGGAGGAGGAGGAGGAAGAAGAAGAAGAGGAGGAGGAGGUGGAGGAAGAGAAGAUAGCACUCCCUUCUCCGGACCCCACAUCCUGACCUUAUAUGGUCCACGAGGCUGUCCGGGUCGAAGGGAUCACUGACUGCCUGAGGAGGGUGAAUAGGCAAAGAGACUGAGAGAGGAGGCAGUAGAGACAAACUGAAGAGAUAAAAAGUGCAGUUAGAAAGGAGACAACCUGAAGAAAGACAGAGACAUAGAGGAGUGAUAUAGGGGAGAGGCAAAGAUUAAGACGGAGGAGAGACCAGAGACCUAGAACAGAGAGCACAGAGAGAGGUACCUGGUCGGUUGCCGGAGCAAUCACCACAGUAGAUGCCCUGUUGCACCCCCGGUUUCCUAGGAAACGGCCUAAGGGGCCUGUCCACAGGGUUCCAGUUACCUGGGCAACCUUCCCAACAGCCCCCGCGUAAAGCUUGUGUGCCCAUUCUUCCCUAGUGGGCGCCAUGCAGGUGCUCUCGAAGGCCCGGCCUUCCCGCUCGGUCUCCCUGAGGCGCCUGGCCGUGGUGCUGGCCCUGACCGCUUACGGGGUGCACAAGAUUUACCCCCUGGUGCGCCAAUACCUGGCGACAUCGUCGCCCCCGCGGGGGCCCCGGGCCCAGACCCUGUCCUUGGCCGAGACGGAGUCCCGCAGCACCUCAGCCUCUUCAGGAGCUGGGACGGUGGGUGGCAGCGCCGCCGCCAACCGCGUGUUCUUGCGCCGGCUGCUCUGGCUGCUGCGCUCAACUCUUCCUGAACGUCUUGUGCAGGAGCGCUUACGCUGCUGGUCCUGCAAUCACGACAGCAGACUGCUGCAGUACCGCUGCAUCGCACUGCGACCAGGCCUUCGUGACAUGGGCCUAUCCUUUAUCCUGGAGACCUGCGCUCAAGCUUCGCAACUCGCCAUAGUGGAACUGGCCCUGCUGCAGCACUCGUACCAAGACCUGGCCUCCCAGAUUAACCUCAUUCUUCUGGAAAGGCUCUGGUAUGUCAUGCUGGAACAGUUCCUCAUGAAGUACGUGUGGAGUGCCUCGGGCCUCGUCAUGGUUGCCGUACCUAUCAUCACUGCUGUUGGCUAUUCAGAGACAGACUCAGAGGCAGUAAAAAAAGCAGCCUUGGAGAUGAAGGAAGAAGACCUGGUGAGUGAGCGCACUGAAGCCUUCACAAUUGCCCGUAACCUGCUCACAGCUGCUGCGGAUGCUAUUGAGCGAGUUAUGUCUUCCUAUAAAGAGGUGACAGAACUGGCUGGCUACACUGCCCGAGUGUAUGAAAUGUUCCAGGUAUUUGAGGAUGUCCAACGAGGUAGUUUCAAGAGGCCUGGGGAACAAGAGGACUCUCCAGUGAAGGCCAGACCUGGAGCUCUUGUGAGGCAUGGGGUGCGUAUGGAGGGGCCCCUGAAAAUCAAAGGCAAGGUAGUGGAUGUGGAGCAAGGGAUCAUCUGUGAGAACAUCCCCAUCAUCACCCCAACAGGAGACGUGGUGGUGGCCAACCUCAACAUCAGGGUGGAAGAAGGCAUGCACCUGCUCAUCACUGGCCCCAACGGCUGUGGCAAAAGUUCUCUGUUCCGGAUUUUAGGCGGGCUUUGGCCAGCCUAUGCUGGAGUCCUCUACAAACCUCCACCACAACGCAUGUUUUACAUCCCCCAGAGGCCCUACAUGUCAGUGGGCUCUCUGAGGGACCAAGUGAUCUAUCCUGACACAAUAGAGGACAUGAAAAGGAAGGGCUACUCUGACCACUACCUGGAGGCCAUAUUGGACAUUGUGAACCUCAACCACAUCGUCCAGAGGGAAGGAGGUUGGGAGGCUUCCUGUGACUGGAAGGAUGUUCUCUCAGGUGGAGAGAAGCAAAGAAUCGGCAUGGCCCGAAUGUUCUACCACAGGCCCAAGUACGCACUUCUGGAUGAAUGCACCAGCGCCGUGAGCAUUGAUGUGGAGGGCAAGAUUUUCCAGGCUGCUAAGGACGCGGGCAUCGCCCUGCUCUCCAUCACCCACCGGCCUUCCCUGUGGAAAUACCACACACACUUGCUACAGUUUGAUGGUGAAGGGGGCUGGAAAUUUGAGAAGCUUGACACAGUCACCCGCUUAACCCUGAGAGAGGAAAAGCAGCGUUUGGAGCAGCAGCUGGCGGGCAUCCCCAAAAUGCAACAACGCCUCAGUGAACUUUGUGAAAUCCUGGGUGAAGAUGCAGAUCUCCACCAUGUUGAUCCAUCUCAGACCUCCCGCCCCAGUCCCUGAGGCCCUGGCCUCAGCCUGGGCCUUCUUCUGGCCCAGGAGACCAUCCUAUAGCCAAAUAUCCCUGGACACUUUGUCCUGUGUUCCUUAAUCCACAGCCCUCCUUAACCUUGUGUUGUGCCCCUCAGAUCUCCCCAGAUCUCACAAAGGAAGCAGUGGGAUCUCCUUUUGUCAUUUCCCUCCCAAGGAGAUAGAUAGAAUCCUGUGUGGUUCUGCCCCCCAUCCCUGUCUAGGGACUUGUUUGCUGGGGGGUGGGGGGGGGUGAAGAGAUGGGGGAAAUACUUACCUUAGUAACUGUCAUCUGCCCAGCCAACACCUGGCUUGCCCCAGGUCUGUAUUAGCUGGAGGGAGGAAGGGUGAGGGGGGCUGGUUGGUAAUUAGUAACUGUGAAGUAGAUAGCAUGUAUGUAGCCAGAGUCCUUUCCUUUUCCCCAAGGGGGUUGGGAUGGGGUGAGUUGGUUGUUGCCCUACUUGUACCACCAAGCAUCCUCCUCAAUUAUAUUCUUGGUGAAGGCAGAGGCGUUAGGUUUUGUGCCAUGACAGGUAUGGUGGGUGAGGAGCCUGGGACCACUACCGCCACACUGCCAGCCAAAGUCCACACGGAAGGCUGCAUAUCGCUCACAAUUCUCUCUCGCCGCUUCUCUUGUCCCUUCCUCCUCCUCCUUUCUUCUCUUCCCACCUCGCCGAGACAUCUUCUAGUCUGCCUGAUCUCCCAACACCUCUCAGCUUCUCUGCCAAACUGGAGUGGUCUCCCGGCUGGACGGGGGUGGCACUUCAUCCAUCUUCUCCGCCGCCGGUGUUCCAAAGAGCCCUCGCCCACCCACCCACAAGAGGGAGAAUUGCACAAUAUUUCCUACUCUUAAGAAUGUAGUCUUUUCUCUGUCUCAGUAGUACUAUCUUGGUCUUUCUCUCUCUCUUUUUUAAGUAAUUUAUUUGAUCCAGUUUUAUAUUUGUAAUGAUUGCCAAUGUGAGUAUUCCACCAGAGAGAUGGGGAGGUAGGAACAGAGGUUAAGGGAACUGUUCCCUUACCCGGGUUUGUUGGCACGAAGGGUUUGGUCUGCCCACGCUUUUGCCCUGGUGUGUCAGUAUUGAAGGGUGGAGUGGAACGGAGAAGGGGAGCAGGGGACAUUUCUCGCGUAGACCAGUCCCCUCGAUAUCUGUGGGCCUGCCCCGACUCCCUUUGACACCAGCUAACACUGCCAACUACCUACCAGCCAACUCCCCACGCCACCUCGCUGAAGCGAGGGACCUAGGGAAGGGGGAAGUAUAUCCCUCUGCUUGCCAAAACCACUUUGCCCCUCCCCACCUCUGCGCCCCCAUGGAGGAAACAUGCUAUGAGGGGUCCCUUCAUUUCUUUCCCUGCCCCUUCCCCAAUGCCAAAGUGUACUCAGGAGGAGAGGGAGAUCAACUAUGCAAACCCACACACUCACUUGUGGAUGGAAACAACAGAAGCCGCGUGCCUUAGCCCUCCUCCUUGGGGCUGGGGGUGAGCCGGGCCCUCCUUGUCCUCUUCCACCCUCUCUCCCAGUCAUUAAAGAAAAUGUGUUGGAAAUUCAA